GAUCAAUUAAUGAUUUCAGUGUCAAAUUUAUGCUCCAUUCCAUUCAUUAUAAACUGUGUUGUUGGCUAUAGGCCUAUAUUGUGUGUGCCCUUGGUACCCUGGGGGGGUUUUAUAUGCCUGCGUCCGGUAUACAUUAAGCAUUUAUAAACUUUAUGUAUGUGUGUGCCAGAGUAAUAGUGGAUUUUGAGGGUGAUAUUGAUAUUUAGUGUGAAUGGGAAUGGACAUUGUUUUGAACGUUUUAACAACAGAAGAAAGGCAGAUAGUAGUUUGUUCAGUUAAAAGAAAUAAACACUGGAUCACUAGGCUAUAUUGAAUAAAGAUAGGCCUAUAGCUGGCCAGGCCAAGCAAACGUUUUUGACAACCCGAAAAAGCACAUAAUAAAAUACGCAUAAUAAUCAUAAUGACCAUAAUAAUAAUAUAUUUACUUGUGUGUAGUAGUAGGCAGUAGCAGGCCUUACUGAGUAUCACUCUUUCAGUGAGCCUAUAACCUUAAUUAUAAGCGCUGUAAAUGUGUAAAUAAAUGCAUUUUGUUUUAGUCUAUUUCAAAUUAUUUUUCAUGUACAUGCGCCUGGUUAGUAGCCUCUAAAUGGGAAUAGGAGACUUGCUUCUAUCUCCGACUGUUAAAACAUAGACUGCAUUUCUUGCUAAAUUCUAAUUAUUAAAAGAAGAUGAAGAAGAAAGAGAAAGAAAACGCAUCCAAGAGGGCCUAUUUUUGGCUGCAGGGAAACAUUUGCAUAUCGUAGAACCUAUUAUUCAGACUCUAUCCACGCCUGCAUUUAUCCCGGAAAAAGACUCCUCCAGGUGGGGAGGAGAGAAGUGAGCGGCCAGGUGAUCUGUCAGAACAAAGGUGUAACAGGAAACAGUCAGGCUCUUACAAAGAGACCCUUUAACCUUAGCUUGCGUAAAACCCACAGUUUUAAUAAUGGUUUUGACUCAAGAAUCCGUCCUGUCUUUGCUAAUAGCGGAGGGUGGCAAGCUGAAGAAAUCCGACUUGGUGGCUAAGUUUAAAGAUUUAGUGGAUUGCGUCGAUCCCGCAGAGAGAGAACGGAAUAGGGAGCUUUUCAAGACCUUUGUCAACAACGUCGCCAUCGUUAGAGAAAUAGACGGUGUCCGGUAUGUCGUCAUCAAGAAAACCUAUCAACAUUUGCUGGAGGGCGUCCGGACUGUAGAGAGAAGCGGGACAAAGACUGGAGAAAAAGAGACCCUGAAAGGUGAGCAACAGCGCCCACCUGUGCUGGGUGAGAAAACUGUGCAGUCUGUGGGUGAGGGAGGGGAGAGAUCAGCUGUUUCUCAGCUUGAUCAAGAACAGCCACCUGAAAGUGAUGAAAAUCCUUCAAAGUUAUUGUCUGCUAUAGAGCUGGCAUUGCAGGCAUGCAACUAUAAAGAUGUUAGAACUAAAAGGAUGCUGAAUUUUGAUAUCCAGAAGCAGGACAUAAACAGAGACAGCUCCAGAAGAGUUGUAGUAAAUGAACCCACCACCAUCCUGAGCAAACCAUACGGUUUGCCUCUGAGAAUGCCACCCAGUGUCACCAGGGUGGAAGUCUGCAAACUGAAGACGGACCCACACGAUGCUCCUGAAACUCUAAAACUGGAUUCCUCAAGAAACAAAAAAAGACCCUCUUCAGUGGACAGUAGCAGCAGCAGCGGCUCACCCCAGCUGAGGAGGGCUUUGAAGAGCACCGGGGCACCAGAGGAACCCAAAGAUACAAGAAUUCACUCCACGUUUCCCCUUGAGCAAUCAGAGCAUGAAUGGCUGGUUAAAUGUGCCUCUGGCCACUGGAGCCAGGUUUAUGGGAUGCUGCUGAGAGACAACCAGCUUGCUGAGAAGAGGGACUUCAUGUCAGGGUUCACCGCUUUGCACUGGAUGGCCAAGUGUGGAAACAGUGACUUGCUUGUGAAGCUUAUUGACCUAGCAAGGCAGGGAGGAGUUGACAUCGACAUUAAUGUGAAAACACAUGGUGGAUAUACACCCUUGCACAUUGCUGCUUUGCACAACCAGGAGUACAUCAUGGCCAUGCUGGUCGGGGAGUACGGGGCUAAUAUAAAUAUCAGAGACAACUACGGGAAGAAAGCCUGCCACUAUCUGCACAAAGGCACUUCUGCAACUGUGAGAGAGAUGCUGAGUGGACCCAAAUCCUGGCAGGCUCAGGACAAGGCCAUCCCCGACAAAGAAGAGCUGGACCUGGUCCCGGAUCUUUCCAAGUGCCGGCCUUCAAUAAGCCGCCUCUUCCAGCCACAUGUGACAGGCCAAAAGAAGAAGCACAAGCAGAGGCCAGGGCUUUACUCCCUGAGCGAUGACCCCAGUGAAGACAAAGAGGGCAGCAGCAGCUUCAGGAGCAGAGUCACAUCAGAUGCUUUUAUGUAAUUGCUGAACUCUUUCUUGUCUUGUUUUCAUGAGGGAAUAGUGUGAAAACACAAUAAUCUGAUGGAUUUUAGGCCUCCUUCAACAAUGACAAAAGCUGAAAAUAAGCAACAGCUUCUUUCUUGUGUUUGUGUUUUGCGUAUAUUUUCUGAUAUUAAUUCUUAUCAGAUGUGAGAUGCAGAGCUUGUUGUGUAGUCAAAGUGAUAAUCAAGCAGUGCUGUUUAAGUAAAUAGGAACAUAAAGGUAACCUCUGUAAAAACAGAUGUUCUCCUCCAGUGGAAAUCAGAUCAUUAAGACUUUAACUGAUGAUGGCCUCAGAUGACAACUGCAGUUGGUUCACUAACUGAAUCACAGAGUUUUAGUUUUACAUGUAUGACUUGUAUCUUAUAUCAAAAAUGAUUCAUAUAAUAUUACAAUGGGUCCUGUGGAAUGUCUUAUUACUCACCGUCUGUGGUCUCUUGAAGUCUUCGUCUUUUCUUCUUUCUGUCUUUCUGCUGUUGUCACAUUUAAAUCCAGCAUGAGCUUUAUUGCUAUACUGACUUAGUGUGUUUAUUUAAUAGUGAAUUUUCCAUUUGUGUUAAUUAUUAAUUGCUACAAAUCUUUGUUUUUCUAAAAUUAAAUGUUAUCUUUCAUUGUAGUAGUUCAGUUGAGACAACAAAAAUAACUGCACUAAGCACUUAAAACAGAAAAAUUGACCUUAUAACAUUUAUGUCAUCAGCCUAUUUAGCUGUGACAUACAUCCCCGUUUGCUGUGAUUUAAAAUGGACUGCACACUGUAAUCUAAGAAACAAGUUUUUGCUUGGAUUUCUUCAUGAAUGAUGUGCCUCUUCAAAAUAUCCUUUCUUAAUCUAUUUUGAUCAAAUGAAUUAAUAUUAAAGAAAUGCCAUUGCUGAUUUGACAUAUCAGACUAUCAGUUUCCAGAGCCAAAUAUUCUCAAACUCAGAAGUGAGGAUAUGUUGACUUAUGGGGAAAACAAACAUUUGGGCAACAACAAAAUUAAUUAGUAAAUACUACUAAAAAUAUGUGAAAUGUUUGUGGCUCCGGGGAGGAUUUAGAGGACAUGCCUCUCACUUCACUUCAUAACACAUUAGUUAUCAAACACUGUGAGCCAUUAAGGAGAUGCAAAUACCCACUGAAAUGCCCUGAAAGAAAACAAACACUGGGUUUCAUUAAAUUACACUAAAUUUAAAAGAAAAUGUAACUGGUGUGUUGUUUAUUAAGGAGCAGGUCCUCCAUAAAUAAUACAUUUCUCUGAAAUGUGGCUUGAAUCCAUCUUCGAGCUUGUUGAGACAGCUAUGAUUUAUC